ACACUGGGCAGGAUGAAGGCGCUGAUCCUGGUUGGUGGGUAUGGGACGCGCCUACGGCCACUGACACUCAGCCGGCCCAAGCCACUGGUGGAGUUUGCCAACAAGCCAAUCGUGCUGCACCAGAUUGAGGCACUGGUGGCGGCAGGUGUGACUCAUGUGGUGUUAGCUGUGUCCUACCGGGCUGAGCAGAUGGAGCAGGAGCUAGCCAAGGAGGCUCAGAGGCUUGGUAUUGAGAUCACUUUCUCCUUGGAGGAGGAGCCACUAGGCACUGCAGGACCCAUCAAGCUGGCCCAGAACAUCCUUGCCUGCAAUGAUGAGCCAUUCUUUGUGCUUAACUCGGAUGUGAUCUGUGACUUCCCCUUCAAUCAGAUGGUCAAGUUCCACAAGAAGCAUGGCCGGGAAGGAACUAUAAUGGUGACCAAGGUGGAGGAGCCCUCCAAGUAUGGUGUGGUGGUGUAUGACGAAACAGGGAAAAUUGACAGCUUUGUGGAGAAACCUCAGGAGUUUGUGUCAAACAAGAUCAAUGCAGGAAUGUACAUUUUUAACCCAUCCAUCCUGCAGAGGAUAGAGUGUCGGCCAAUGAGCAUUGAGAAGGAGGUGUUUCCCUUCAUGGCCAGGGAUGGGCAGCUGUAUGCACAGGAACUUUCUGGUUUCUGGAUGGACAUUGGACAACCCAAGGACUUCCUCACUGGCAUGUGCCUCUACCUCAACUCCUGCAAGAUUAACAACAGUGCCAAGCUCUACAAGGGACCAGGUGUUGUUGGCAAUGUGCUGGUGGACUCUUCAGCCAAGAUUGGAAAGAACUGUCGAAUUGGUCCCAACGUGACCAUCGGACCAGAUGUGGUGGUGGAAGACGGAGCAUGCAUCAAGAGAUGUACCAUCCUGCGGGGAGCCACCAUCCGCUCCCACACCUGGUUGGAGAACUGCAUCAUUGGCUGGAAGUGCAUUGUGGGACAAUGGGUAAGAAUGGAGAAUGUGUCUGUGCUGGGUGAGGACGUCAUAGUGAAGGAUGAACUGUACAUCAAUGGAGGGAUGGUGCUGCCCCACAAGAGCAUUGCAGCAUCUGUGUUGGAGCCCAAAAUCAUCAUGUGAGGCCUUAGAAGCCUUACCUGUACUAUCUCACCUCCAGAAACAGAACUCAGUGGUUUAUCCUGCAGUUGCUCACUUUUAUUUUUAAAAUUGCACUCGACUUAUUCACAGGAGGCUGAGGUCAAAGUGGCAGGUAGGGGCUCACAUGUCUGUAUGCUUUGCAUCUCUGUCUAUAUGAUUAUGUUACCAUUCUUUUGAGAGACCUACUUAGUUAAAUUAAUUAACCAGUUUAAGAGACCAGACAAUAUGAUUUUUUGGUGCACCUUCCACUGUGGUAUUUAGUUGUUUCUUGACCAGUGCACUUGAAGACCACAUCCUGAGGAUUUUAUUGUUACAUAUUGUAAUAAUUUAGAAAAUGUUGACAUUUUUCCCUUUUUAUGGUCUCAGGGACUUUUGAAACCUGGUAAGACAAAUGUGGUAGGAACAAUUCUCCAGAUCAUUUCUCUGUCUGAGAGAGAAAGUUGCUACAUGUCAGAAGAAAAUAAACAAAAUUUUUAUAUAUGAAUCUUAAAAUUACCAUAAUUCUUUCAUGGAACAAAUCUAACAUGGGAAAAGUGCAUUAUAGGUUAAGGUCAGGCUGCGGCUUUAGUGAUAGUUGUGUGGGAAGGACUGAGAAGGAUGAACAGAAUGUGGGGGGUACCUUGCAUCCAAUAAGAAAGUAAGACAUUUAAGUAUGGGAUUGCAGAAAUUUAAAUAACAGUCCUCUGUUUAUGGUACUUGAGGAUUUCAAUAAUACAUGAAUAUGAAGUUUUGGCCUUUAUUAAGCCAGCAACAUUCCCUCGGCCUAAUGCAGCGUUGUGACAAAUGUCUUCCUGUGGCUGCAGCUUCGUAUUGGUGUGCAUGUUCCUUGUCAAGAGGUAGCUCCUCUGUGUGUGUGUGUGUGUGUGUGUGUGUGUGUGUGUGUGUGUGUGUAACAGAGAGAGAGAGAGAGAGAGAGAGAGAGAGAGAGAGAGAGAGAGAGAGAGAGAGAGAGAGAGAGAGAGAGAGAGAGAGAGAGAGAGAGAAAAACAGACAUGCAGACAAAGAAAAAGAUGAACAAGCAUGCUAAAGCAGCUUCUGAUUACCAGAUAUAUCAGCUUAUAGCUAAUAGGGUAAAUUUUGAGAUUUCAGCUGUGUAAUGAGCUAUUACACCUUAAUCAAAAGAAGUAUAUACAUUUAUUGUUUCCAAGUCAUUCCUCAAUCUAUGAGUUUUUUUAUUUUAUCUGAACUAUGAAUUUUCACUGAAUAUAAAUGCAUAGAUUCUACACUAUAUAUCUGUAUGAAGAUUAUGAAUGUAUCAUACAAUCUCAGGAGGCAAGUAGACAAGGGAGGCUAGAAAUUGUUCCCUCCUUGGCACACAUUGGCCUAGUAAUACAGUGAUGGAGUUGAGGCAUACCUAGUCUUGAUAGGGAGCUGCUGUCUUUCUCUGUGUCUGUGUGUCCCUGCAGCAAGUGUUGUUCAUUGUGUCAGGUGGGUGGCUGGAAGGGGCAGCCCUGGCACUCAUCACCUGCAGAGUGAUUAUCUAUUUUGUCUAGUUUUUUACUGUUACAUCUGUAAUGUUGAAGUUUGCUAAAUAAAGGAAGAAAUGAGA